AUGGACGCCAAAUCAGCUGCCCAACAGCACGCCGACCCCACCGACGACUACAACUCCUCCGAGUAUACACACAGCAACCUCGACCCGUCCAUCUCUGGUAACGAUGAGACUUCCACCUCGGGUCCCUCCGAGACCACUGGGGCGGAGGCGAGCCACACGCGCGCCAUGGAGGCCGUCAUGCAGCUAGCCCAAGCCGCGUCGCAGCAGCAGUACGAUCAGCAGCACAGCAGCACCGAACACCAGCAGCACGGGCACGUAGAAAACCCAGAGGUGCACAACGCCUCUCUGCCCGUCAACAAUUCCGAGGAAGGUGAGAAGCGGGGGAGCAAACGACGUUCUUCCAUCCAAGCCGUUUCACCUACGGGCAAUCGCGGACGACGAGCCUCGAAAACCGCCCGGAACGACGACUCUGACGUAGCGGCUGCAGCAGCUGCUGCUGCCGCCGCCGCAGCUUCCGACGGCCAACCUCUGCCUCUACUCGAAUCGUGGUCCGGCGACAACCUCCCCUCCGAACUCCAACAGGUCUAUCAGCAACAUCUCGCACAAGCCACCACCACCACCGACGACCCUUCCUCUAGCAACGCCAACUUCAAACCCACACGUCAACUGUCGACGUCCAAACGCGCGGCGCAGAACCGUGCUGCGCAACGAGCCUUCCGCGAGCGCCGGGAUAAGUACGUCAAAGUGCUGGAAUCCAAAUCUGCGCGAUUGGAGGUGGCCAUCCGUGUGGCGAGCGAGUGCAAGCGGCGCUACACCGAGAGCAUUCAGACGAUCGACGGGUUGAGGCAGGACAACCAUACGUUGCGGGUGGCGCUGGCUGCGUUGAGUGGGACGUCGUUGGAUGGACAGGCGCCACCGGUGAUGAGGAGUGAGGAGUUGUUGGCGACGCUACCCGAGAUCCCGGCGUUGACGACCGAGGAGGAGGAGGCGGUGUUGGCGGGUGUCGGUGCGACCGGAGGAGGGGGUGGGAGUGGGGGUGGGCAGAGUUUGGAUAGUUUGAGCGCUGUAGCUGCCGCGGCGGCGGCGGUGAGCACGGACGGUGCCGGGGAGAAGACUGCGGAGACGAUGGCAGAGGAGCAGAGCGCAGAGGAACAGGUCAAGGCUGCUUUGACCAGUCCGACUGGUAGCAAUGUGGCGCUGCCCCAGCCUCCGUCGGCUAGCACUGCCGCUGGCAGCUCGUAG